AUGCGUCAGGCGACUGUUCAGGCUUGCCGUACUGCUCGGCGUGCACCGGUAUGGAACAUCGCCGCUAAGCGGCCGUGCCCAUUGUCCCUCAACCAGCUACGCGGUCUUCGAUCAUACUCCAGUGGCCGGCGCUCAUCGUAUACCCCGGUAGUCACCAAUUCCUCGAUGCAUCGCCGAACUCUUUCCUUCGCCGUUCUCUCGACCGUUGUUGCCUCUGGGGCUUGGUAUGCUUAUCAGGGUGACUCCGUGAAAUCAGCUGCCACUCAGAUCCGGGGUUUCGCUUCUACCGCUCUUAACUCCGCUUACGCAGAAGAUCCCACUGAAUCCACGCGCCGUGCGUUGCUAGUCAGUGGCGAUCAAUUCUGGACCACGACCCUCUCCGGAGACCAGCCUAUUGCCAAGCAUACAGACGACUCAGAUCGCCAGGUUCUAGAGAUGUUGACGCCGGAGCAAGCUACGCAGAAGCUACGUAAGAACGAAGAAUCAUACUUGGUCAACCGGGGUAAGGGUGUUGUUCGAUACGAUGUGGUUCAAGUUGCUAGCAACUCGCCGAUUGAGGACGACCAUGCGGAGAAGAUUGUUGAGAUCCCAGCAUCCAUAGCUGCUGUCAAUAAUGGCGAACCCAGCAGCGAUUGGAUGUUCUGGGCAGUGUUUGAUGGUCACUCGGGCUGGACAACAUCUGCUAAACUGCGCAAUGUUUUGAUUUCAUAUGUCGCUCGCGAGUUGAACGCCACCUAUAAAGCCGCCUCUUCUGACUCAUCCCUCAUCGUACCGACAUCUGAAGCCAUUGAUGCCGCUAUCAAGCAGGGCUUCGUCCGUCUCGACAAUGACAUCGUGCAUGAGAGCGUGAAGGAGGUCCUCAAGUCCAAGGAACGCCGUGUUGCCGCCGAACUCCUCGCCCCUGCUCUCUCUGGAUCUUGCGCUCUUCUCAGCUUCUACGAUUCCCAGUCCAAGAAUCUGAAGGUGGCUGUCACAGGAGAUUCUCGUGUAGUUCUCGGCCGUCGGGGCCCGAGCGGAAAAUGGACCGCCAAGGCCCUUUCCGAGGACCAGACUGGUGGGACCCCGUCAGAGAUCAAGCGUCUGCGUGAAGAGCACCCCGGUGAGCAAUAUGUCACCAAGAACGGCCGGAUUCUCGGCCAACUCGAGCCUAGCCGUGCAUUCGGCGACGCUUUCUACAAGUGGAGCCGAGAUGUUCAAAAUACUAUCAAGGCCAGGUUCUUCGGACGCACUCCCCACCCUCUGCUAAAGACUCCUCCUUACGUCACCGCCGAGCCUGUCAUCACCACUACCAAGGUUGAUCCCUCCAAGGGCGACUUUAUCGUAAUGGCUACCGAUGGUCUGUGGGAGAUGCUGAGCAACGAAGAAGUUGUUGGUCUAGUCGGCCAGUGGGUUGAGGAACAACAGUCUGCAGCGGCAAGUGGCAGUACUAGCAAGGCUUGGUUGCAGAGCUGGUUCGGUAGCCAGAAGCAACUGCCCGUGGAGACCGUAGCGGACGGAUCGUCUGAAGGCCAACGACGACCUAUCCGCCAGCAGCAGUAUGAUAUUGCUGGUGCGGCUAGUCGGUUUGUUGUUGAGGACAAGAACGCUGCGACGCAUCUUGUCCGAAAUGCCAUGGGUGGCAAGGACAAAGACAUGGUUUGUGCUUUGUUGACACUACCCAGCCCCUACUCUCGUCGAUACCGUGAUGACGUUACUGUUGAGGUUAUCUUCUUCGGCCAGGGUCCUGACUCGCGUACCGUCGAAAUUAACAAGGAAGCGAGUGCCUCGGAGCAAACUCCUAAGGCAAAGCUAUGA